AUACCACCAUCUAGGGCAGGAUUUCCACUGAGAAAGAGGCAGAGAUCUGAGCAACAUCAGCACCCUCACCAGGUGCUCUACUUCCUAAAAAUGGGACGGAAACUGGAUCUUUCCAAAUUGACAGAUGAGGAGGCCAAACAUGUUUGGGAAGUGGUUCAGCGGGACUUUGAUCUGCGCAAAAAAGAGGAAGAGCGCUUAGAGGAACUGAAAGGCAAGAUUGAAAAAGAAAGCACAAAACGAGAACUAUUGUCCUGUCAGUCUCACCUAAAUGAGACUCACUGCAUCCACUGCCUGCAGCCCUUCAAGUUCCUGGUAAAUAGCAAACGGCAAUGCCUAGACUGCCAGUUCUACACCUGUAAAAACUGCAGUCGCUACAAUAAAAAGGAGCACGGUUGGGUGUGUGAUCCGUGUCGCUUCUCCAGGAUUGUGCAGACUGGAUCUCUGGAAUGGUUUUAUGAACAUGUGAAAUCUCGUUUUAAGCGAUUUGGAAGUGCCAAAGUGAUGCGAUCUCUCUAUGGAAGGAUGACACACGGGCAGAAAGUUAAUCCUACCUUGCUUGGUAUGAGCAGGGGUCUUGGUCUUCAUGACAGAGUUUACAGCUUGCCAGACAUUAAUAGUGAUUACCAACUCUGUGACCAGGAUGAUGAAAGUGAAGAGGAGGAGACCAGUGAUGUCAUGGACAGUGCAGAAGCUGCACGCUAUACCAGGAUGCGGAAGACAAAGCGGCUGCUCUCUGUCCAUCCUUUUGAUUUUGAAAUAGACUCGGAAUAUUCUGCUCAGUCUCGCCGUCAAUCUAUGCAACUCUCUCCAGGUCCUGGGAAUGAAGGCCUCCAGACCUUUGCAGAAUUUCCAGGUGCUGGGAAAGACAUUCCUUCACAGAAGGAAUCCAUGUUAGCUGAAGCAGACCUGGCUGCUAUGUUCCAGCAGACCCUGCAGGGGCAGCAGACAUCUCCUCCAGAGCAGGAGUUCAGCACUGAGGUCCUGCUUAUGAUGAACUCGCAUACUAAACAUCUGGGGGGGAAACCCAAAGCUGGCAUUCUAUGGAAUGAGCAGCACCGAUCCCCCUACUCAGCUGAUAUGGACACUUCUGAUGAAGAUAUGAAAGGAACCCAGAAGUUACUUGCCUGUCAGCCACAUCACACAAAACGCAGGAGCCGAGCCUUAUCCCAGGAAACCAUAAACCACUCUGGAAAUCAGAUACUUGAACUGAACAAACGCAUGUCAGCUAUCGAACACAUGCUGAACCGUCUUGAGGGAAAGAUCCUGGUUCACGCAAAAGAGCCUUUGGCUCCUGAGUUGCAAACUGAUCCUAGCAUAGAAGAGAAAGAACUGAAGAAGAAACUGGAAGAGCUGGCAAGUAACAUUAGUGACAAAGCAGUUUCAUCUGAAGAAGAAGGAGGAGAAGGAGGAGGAGGAAAGAAGGAUGAAGAGCCCAAACCAGAAAUGAGCAUAUCCAGUGAUGAGCUGCCUACUGAUGCUGAGAAGGUGUAUAUUACUGCUGGAAAGGCAGAUGGGCUAGAGGAGAAGCUAGGAGACCACGAUGACGGUGCCCGACACAGUGGAAACACAGAUUCAGAGCUGUCCGAACUGGAAGACAAAGUGGCUUCCGCAAUGGCUCAGGUGCAACACACAGAGAGUGAGGUAUCUGAUAUAGAAUCCCGAAUAGCAGCUCUGAGUGCUGCUGGACUGACAGUUAAACCAGUGGAAAAAUCCAAGAAGAAGUCAAGCACUCAGGUGUUCACUCUCCAGCAUCCCAGAAAUGCACAUGACUCUCUAGAGGACCAGUGUUCAGACUCUCCUGUUACAGCAUCACCUGAUGACUUCAAAGUAAUGUCUAUGCCACAUGUGUUGAGGAGAAAAUUCACCACUUCUCUUGAAAUUGCAAGCAAUGAUGAAUCAUUUGCUCGGAACUCCUAUUACACAGGAUCUUUGACACAGCGAAAUCCAAAUGGAAGAAACAAGAAAGCGGAUCGCAUCUUUGCGGCAAGUAUUCAGGAUCUAGCUCAUUGCCUUUGUAUAGGUUGA